AGAAUUGUCGAUUUACCCAGUGGUGUCACUUAACUUAGGCGUCCUGGCUGGGUGUUCAAACUAGAAUGGGUCGAAAAGUGCCUGACUAACUAGCUAAUGUAGACUGAUUUGCCAGCUAGUAGUUAACCCUAGCGGCUAAAUUAUGAUGGACAAAGCCUUCCCUGCAAACAAAUUAUUUAGCUCGCUAGAUGGCUGCAAGAAGCAGUUUUGUUUUAGAAAGAUUGGUUAGCAGCGUGUGUUGUUGCUAGCUAGCAUUGGCCCUUAUACUAAAGAUGGUCUCAUGAGCUUAUCUGUGUUUAUACUGUUUGUUCCAACGCGCUUCACCCAUCAUUAUCGCCACCAAUUGACGAGGAUGUGCAACUGCACUGCAGUCCCCACGAACUUCGGACCUGGGCAGGGCCGUUCGCAGUGUUUUGGUCUUAAAUAGCUUCAUAAACCCCGUACAUUUCUACAAUUUCUCUUUUUAAAAUGUGAUUUAAACCUAACCACACUGCUAACCGUAUACUUUCUUUUUUGUUAUUGCAAUUUUUGCUAUUUUGUGGCUGUGGAAUCUGACUUUGUUGCUAGAAGCUAGUGGAAACCUAGCUAGUACUUCGGUGGGACGACAGAGUUUGCAACCAUGGCCGAUUCUGUAGCAGUAGAGGACCCGAAAUUCACUUUACAAGAGGUUCUUGACACUUUUAAGUCAUGCCUAUCUGAAAACAAAGAAGUAUUCCUCGAACAUUAUGUAGCAGGAUGGCUUGGUCUUGUAAGAUUCAUGAACAGCCUGGGGAGUGUGUUCUCCUUCAUCGCCAAGGAUGCUGUCAACAAGAUCCAAAUCCUGAUCAACCAUCUGAACGGUGAGAAUGGGGCCCACUACGUCACCGUCCAGUCUAUGGUCAAAUACGAACUGGACAACCAACUGGUGGACCUGACUAAGAGAGGCAGCUUCCCCGAGUCCGGCUGCCGCACCCUUCUGAGGCUGCACCGUGCCCUGCGCUGGCUGGAGCUCUUUCUUGAACGUCUGCGCACCAGCACUGAGGAAAGCAAGACCUCCGUCAUGUGCUCUGAGGCCUAUAAUGAGUCCCUCUCCCAACACCAUGCAUGGAUCAUCCGCAAGGCUGCCGGUACAGCUUUCUGGGCUCUCCCAGGGCGUGCUACGUUCUUUGAUGUGAUGAAUGUAGGUACCCCAGAGCAGGUAGUGGCCAUGCUAGGGGAUGCCCUGCCGCUCAUCUCUGAGGUGUACCAAGUGACAGAGGACCUCUAUGCCCAGAACAAUAUACUGGACUUGCCCUAGUAGGCAGGAAAUACUGUAGUAGUAGUUGCCUGGUGGUCCCAGAUCUGUGUGUGUCAUCUUGCCAACUCCAAUGGAAUUGUUUAUGAGAGUUGGCAAGACAGCAUAAAUAGAUCUGAGACCACCAGGCUACUGUAGGCAUCGUAGUCCAACCAGCACAUCAAUGCUGGCAAGCCGUGCUGCUCCUUAUUGUUUCUUGGUGACAAUUUCUGGUGUAUAGAGAUGGGUGAAUUACUGUAUGUACAUUACAUUAUUAUGUAAUAAGGCAGCAUUACCCAUAUAUUUAUUUCUAAUUAGAUUUGUGAAAUGGGAUUUCUAUGGCAUUCAGUGCUGUUUUUGUGCAACACAUCUUUUUGCAUUUAAGUCUCUCCUUAAUUUGUUUAAAUAUGCAUCAGUUUUUAUCGCUCAAAGUAGGUUUUGUAUUACGAGAACAGUAUGAUUUCAUUGCGAAUGCAAUAGCAUAUUUUUAGGUUGUAUGUCUGUCUUGUCUAAUCUAAAGAUAUACAUGUCCUUAAUUGUCCCCCUACAAUGAAAUUGGGGGGGGGACUGUGGAUCUGUCUCUGUCCGUUAUCACGUGUGACGAACGAACGUAUUAUCUCGGACCGCACUGGCCCAAUUUUGACAAAUCGACAGCAAUUUUGUGGAAUGAUGCGUCUUGCCAUAGAAAUCAGGCAUUUACAAAAUUACAGUGAUUAUUCAGAUGGCGUGACAAAGGAAGUGCAGCCCAUUGUUCAGAUGGGUUAAAUGGAAACUGAAAUCUGGAGACUGACUAGGUCUAUAACCUUUCACGUAGUCUUAAUAUUAACUCCUGCAGAAUUAAGCAUUUCUUGAAGUAAACUGAUACACCAAGUUUUACUCUGGAA